CUCACUCGCCACGCCUCGCCCUCUUCAUCUUUGCCUUUUUCCAUUCAAAUAAAAUUUAUUGAUGGGAGCUACUACAUCAUGAUCUGCCAGUUCUCCACGAUGGAGCACUCUUUCGUUUGUUGUUUCUCUCGAUCCACCUAGAAAAGUUUCCGAGUGCGAUAUGGCAGAUUAUGACCAGAGUCAGCCAGACUCCCAGCAACAGGAUAGUAGGGAUGUCUCGCCCAUAUCUUCGAAACGUCGCAAACGCGCCGUCAGGGCUUGUGACGAGUGUCGAUUUAGAAAAGUGAGAUGCGACGGUCUGUCACCUUGUGAGCCUUGCAAGCUCAGCGGGAGAUUUUGUGUAUACAGUGCAAAUGUCUCACGAAAUGUGGAUCCACGACUGAGAGCCAGAGUACUCGAGGACCGUCUGCGAGUCGUGCGCGCAAAAAUCGAGCAGGUCAAGGAUGGGAAGCUUUCCUGGGAAGAUGCCGACCUUGACACAAUUCUCAAUCCACGUGAUGGGAGCCUGUUGCCGCCCGAGGAGAACCCGGAUAGCAAUGACGCUCACGAAGACGAUCCGGGCAACGACACCCUGGACAGCAUGAUGAGCCGAUAUGGACGUGAGGAGACCGGCGACCCUUGGGCAGCGAAGUUCUAUGGAGCGCCGUCAGGAGCGGCAUUCAUCCACCGAAUGCAAGAAUGCUUCGGUGAUGGAGAUAGCCCAACUACAGAAGCUUCCGGAUCUCAUCCUUCAGUCAUCUCCAAUUUGUUCGAUGCGCCACUACCCUUCCACGAACAUGCCGACGAUCGUUCGCCUGUGGAAUCUCUUCUUCCACAUCGCGAAACAGCAGAUGCCUUGGUCAACGUCGUCUUAGCACGCGCAUAUCCGAUAUUUCUGUUUUUACGUGAACCAACUUUUCACGAGAUGCUGGAUCGCACUUAUACGCGCGAGCCACUUCAAUAUGAGCCGGAAGAUCGGGCAUACCUUCCGCUGUUUCUACUCAUCAUGGGACUUGGAUAUUUGUUCAGUCAGUCAGAACAUCAGAAGUAUGGAUGUCGGCGAGCCGUUAGCCAAGCGAUGAAGUAUUACAUGACUGCACGCAGGAUGGUCGAUAUUACUGCAUGUCGAAGUUUACGGUCUAUGCAGAUUCUGCUGUGUUUUGGUUUGUUUCUCAUCUCAACUGCUCGAAUCGCUUCGGCCCAUGCUUUCAUCAGCUUGGCAUGUUCAUCGGCAUUGCGAUUAGGACUGCACCACAGAUCAACUCACGACGCCAACAUCUCGAAGCAAGAUCGUGAUACCAGGAGAAAUGUCUUUUGGACAACGAUCAAGCUGGACAUGUAUGUCAGCGCAGUCUUGGGAUUACCAGCAUUCUUGGACGUGCGGGACGUCGAUCCUGCGAUCGACUUGACUGUGGCAGAGGUCCUCGAGGAAGUUAACUCUGGUCUUCCUGAUCGCGACGCUGUUCUCCUUGGCGGCGCCGCCAAACAUCUCGAAAUCAUGCGAACCAUUUCCAAGGCUAUAAAGACGCUCUUCCCAAUGCCGACAUUCGAAAAUGAGGCUUCGGGGAACGGCAACAUCUCAGUAAGCAUACGAAGUCUUGAAGAGAUCGAGGCACAGUUCCGAACAUGGGGAGAAAGCACUUCAAGCCUUCUUGAAAAAGGGGAUGAUGGUUCUGCGGAAUUCAUACGUAUGAAGUAUGAACUGGAGAUUACUUCGUUCUUCGGUAAACUUGUCCUCUAUCGUCCGUUUCUACAUUACCUUGCGAAAUCAUCAAAUGGCCGCCCGACAUCUCAAAGGGCUUCACAACGCGCACUUGCAUGCGUCAGAAUUGCCUCAACCGCCAUAUCGAGGUCGGAGACGAUACAAGAGCUUGGACUUCUACGGCCAGCAUCCUGGACAUCUAUCUACACCAUAUUUCUCUCCGUGGUGUGUCUCAUCUUCUUGAUUGCCACGAGAGAGGGCACACAACAUCCCGUAGAAGCAUGGCGCAAGGCUGAAAGUGGUAUUCGCUUGAUAGCGGCCACCAAAUGCCACGAGACGUGUUCCACGCAGUGUCUCGAGAUAUUGAAGCAACUGGUUCAACAUCUCUCUCAUACGGUAGAUUUCGACAUAAAACGCAUUGAGGCAGAGACCAGUCCGGUCUGCCAAGCCAGUGUUGCUUUCGACGAUCGACCCGGGAAAGAGGAUCCAAGCACCGUGACAAGAAGAGGGCUGGCGACAACGCUGUGCUGAUGGCAUCCACGGCGCUUCCGUUGCAGACGCAAGCUCCAACAAGCGAGAUGCUGGAAGAUGAGUCGUUGUACGACCCAACUAUGGCACUUCCACCGUUGAGCUUUCCACCUGUUGGCAGUGCUGUCUGGAGCGCAACUACUCAGGGCUUCCAACAGCAGGCACAGAAUUCGACGAUUACUGACGAAAUGGUUGAUCUGCCUGCCGUGCAGCAAUUUAUUUGGCCUCAUCAAGUUGGAGAAAAGUAUUUCAACGACGUCAUCCGCUUCGGCGAUUUCAAGUCCGGCUAGUACUGGGAACUGUAUCGUCC